AUGGCUUCUACCAAUUCUUCUUCAUCCAAUACUUCCUCGAAUUCAUCAACUGUAGAUGAUUUCCUCAAUCCUUAUUUUCUGCAUCAUGGAGAUAGUCCUGGUGUUGCUCUCGUUACAACAUCGCUCACUGAAACAAACUACCAUACAUGGAGUCAUUCCAUGAUUACAUCUCUUCAUGCUAAAAAUAAACUCCCAUUCAUUGAUGGCUCUCUUCCACAACCUACCAUUAAUGAUCCUCUUCAUUUUGCAUGGGGGCGCUGCAAUUCAAUGGUUGUUGCUUGGAUUACAAAUUCGUUAUCAAAAGACAUUGCAUCUAUUGUUUUAUUUUCUGAUAAUGCAAGAAACAUAUGGCUAGAUCUGCAACAAAGGUUUUCCAAGAGCAGUGCACCACGAGUUUUUCAGAAAGUAUUUGAACGUGAGCAAUUUGAUUAUACUAUACAAUUUCUUAUGGGAUUAAAUGAUUCUUUCUCAGGUAUACGAGGUCAUUUGUUAAUGAUGGAUCCUCUUCCAACAAUUAACAAAGCAUUCUCAUUACUACUUCAAGACGAAGGCCAGCGACAGCUUACUUCAAUUUCAGCUCCGAUCUUUGAUUCAGCUGCUAUGGCUACAAUUAAACCUUCAUUCAAUGCUGCAAAAUCUUUCAAGAAAGACAAGAUUAUGUUCUCAUUGUGGAAUUUCAGGUCAUACUAUUGCAAAAUGCUACUGUCUUCAUGGUUUUCCACCUGA